GUCUGCAUUCAAUCUGCCAAGUGGCAACAAAUGUACCCUAAAAACAAUAGCGAAACAAGGGCACAUUUUGUGAAUCUUCUUCCUUUUUGUUUCUGUUCGGAAACCACAAGGGAUGUAGCCUACUGGAUAAUCUCACGAAUUCUUAAUCUGAGCCCGUAUCAGAGUGUUGUUGACCACAUUAGACACGGGUUUGAACGAGACCUGCUGCGCAGAUUCGAGUUUCUCGCAGUCAGUCACAUCUCUUUGCAAUUACGACCCGCGUCUCAGCGCCGGAUAAUCAACUCCCUGUGCGCGAAAUAAUAGAUAAUUCAACAAGGUCGCUUUUUGUCCAGUGUAGGCCAAUCCUGCACUUCGCUGGAAACGUAGCGCUUUGGGUGAGAGUGAUGAUGCCAGGUGCGUGAUGAAGGCCUGGCUGAAGGUCUGGGUGUGUGCGCUCUUCGCCCUGUGUGCGCUGGUCGCGCAGGUGAGGGGGGAGUGUGGCGACCUCCAUUCCGGCUCUAAGCUCAACCUCUCGGUGCGGUACCAGCUCCCCAGUUUCCGGGCGGACGGGCCCAUCCAGAACCUGCUGGUGUUCGCGGGGCGGGUGUACGUGGGCGCGGUGAACCGGCUCUACUCCCUGGACCGGAGCCUGGAGCGCGUGUCCGAGCGCGGGACCGGCCCGGUUCCGGAGCGGCCCGGCUGCCCGCCCUGCGGGGCGUGUGAGGGGGCGGGGAACGCGUCGGGCGCCGUCGCCCGGGACAACGCCAACGAGGUGCUCCUGGUGGAGACGUACUACGACGACGAGCUGUUCAGCUGCGGCUCCGCCCGGGGGGGCGUGUGCGAGCGGUACCUCCUGUCCCGGGACGGGGGGCUCACGGGGGGGCCCCAGUGCAUGCACGCCCCCCGCACGGCCACCGGGGGGCGCCACGGCUGUCCCGACUGCGUGGCGGGGCCCUCCGGCACGCGGGCCCUGAGCGUGCAGAGCGGGGGCGUGGUGCGCUUCUUCGUGGGGACCAGCGUGAGCGCCGACCCCGCCGCGACCCCAGCCCCGCCCGUCUUCUCCGUGCGGCAGAUGAAGGAGACGCAGGACGGGUUCCGCUUCUUCUCCCAGCACUCCUACCUGGACCUGUUGCCGCGGCUACGCGGGGCCUACCCGCUGCGCUACGUCUACGCCUUCGCCAGCGGGGCCCACGUGUACUUCCUGUCCGUGCAGCGCGAGGACCCCGGCGGGGCGGGGGCCCGGGGAGGGGGCUUCCACACGCGCAUCGCCCGCGCCUGCGCCUCCCACCCCGAGCUGAGGCGCUACGUGGAGCUGCCCUUCGAGUGCAUCCUGACGGAGAAGAGGAGGCGCAGGAGGAGGAGGCGCGGGGCGGACAUGGAGGUGUUUAACCUCCUCCAGGCGGCGCGGGUGGCCCGGCCCGGCCGGGCGCUCCGGGAGGAGAUGGGGCUGGACGAGGGCGAGGACGUGCUGUUCGCCGUGUUCGCCCGCAGCCGGCCCGACUCCGCCCAGCCCACGCCCGGCUCGGCCGUCUGCGUCCUCCCGCUGCGCGACCUGGCCGUCUUCUACCGCGACUUCAUCCACAAGUGCCACACGCAGCCCCCCGCGCACCUCAGCAGCCCCCCGGAGAGACGCUGCUACAACGAGAGCUCCUCAGGUGACUCCUCCACCUGUGGGAGGCACGAGGAGGGGUACAGGCUGGAGAUCACCAGCACCAUGAAGCGGCUCGACUACUUCCACGGCCAGUUCAGCGACGUCCUCCUGACCUCCAUCGCCGUCUUCCCCAUGGGGGAGGAGACCGUGGCCAGCCUGGGCACCUCCACCGGCCGCGUCAUACAGGUGGUGAUCUCCCGCUCCAGACAGAGGACGCCGCACGUGGACUUCCAGCUCGCCCCCGGGCCCGUGUCCCCGGAGCUGGCCCUGCUCCCGGACGACUCCAUACUGCUGGUCACGGGAAACCAGGUCACUAAGGUGCCCCUGGCAGGCCCGGGGUGUGAGCAGCUGUGGACGUGCAGGGCCUGUCUCCUGGCUCCGCCCUUCAUGGGGUGUGGCUGGUGUGGUCACCGCUGCUCCAGGACCGCCCAGUGCCCCGCCCACCUCUGGACCCAGGACUCCUGCCUGCCCACCAUCUCCACGAUCUCCCCGCUCAGCGCCCCUGUGGGGGGCGAGACCAGACUCACCAUCUGCGGGAGCGACUUCGGCUUCAACAAGAGCGAGCGUUUCGACACGGGCCUGCUCAGAGUCCAGCUGGGCGGAGCGCCCUGCAAGAUGGACGCCGCCGGGAGCACCAGCAACCGGUUGGUCUGCACCCUGAGCCCGGGGAGGGCGGCGCACAACGCCAGUGUUGUCACGGUGGACAGCGGCACCGAGCGGGCACAGAGAGAAGGGUUUGCCUACGUGGACCCAGUUAUCAGGGAGAUCUUCCCGGUUUUCGGGCCGAAGUCCGGUGGGACGAUGUUGACGGUCCGUGGGGCGUUCCUGGACUGCGGCUCCGCCAGAGAGGUGACUGUGGGGAGCGCGGUGUGUGAGCUGCACAGUGUCUCAGACAGUGAGCUGACGUGUCGUACCCCGGGCGCGGCCUCUCCCCUGCAGAGCCCCGUCACUCUGACCAUCGACUCGGCCGUCCGCACCGCGCCCGUCCCCUACACCUACAACCAGGACCCCUACAUCGAGGGCAUCCAGCCCUCACGCUCCUUCAUCAGCGGAGGGAGCACGGUGUCCGCGCAUGGGGCCUACCUGCUCUCCGCCCACCUGCCCCAGAUGCUCAUCGCCCCCGUGCAGGACCGGGAGGUCCUCCGAGCGGCCUGCACACGGGGCGUGGGGCGAAGCGUGAUCCUCUGCACCACCCCGUCUCUGAAGGGGCUGCAGCUCCUCCCGCCCGUCUACACCAAGGUGUCCUUCCUGCUGGACGGCUUCUCCACGCGCCAGUUCGACAUGCUCUACGUGGAGGACCCGCGCUUCGAGGAGUUCCAGAGGCCCACCGUCGUCGCCAAGGGCAACAAGAACAUCCUGGAGAUCAAGGUCCCGCGGGUGGACCAGGAGGCGGUUCUGGGCGAGGUUCUGCGGGUGAGCAACCGGACCUGCCAGGGGGUGCACCUGGUGGGGAACACGUUAGAGUGCACCGUGCCCAUUGAGCUGCAGACCGUCACCAAGGAGCUGGAGGUGGAGUGGAAGCAGGCCACCUCCUCAGUGAUUCUGGGUCGGGUGCAGCUGGCUCAGGAUCAGGACUACAGCGCUCUGAUCGCUGGAGGAGCCUCCAUCUCCGUCCUGCUGCUGCUGCUGCUCUGUCUGCUGGCCUGGAGGAGGAGGAGGAAGCACAUCGAGGGUGUGUAUCUGAUGGAGGGGAUGGUGUGGUAUGACGGUCGCGCACGCAUUCCGCACCUGGACAUGUUAGCGAACGCGCGGAGCACCAGUCCCACCAACGAGAUGGUCUCCCACGAGUCUGUGGACUACAGGACCACCCUGCUGGAGGACGCGAGCGUGCCGCAGUCCCAGGUGGAGUCCUGCCGGCCCUCGGGCCCCCCCGUGGGCCCUGGGGGGGACGCGGAGCUGGGCACGCCCCUGCUGGCGUCGGGGGUGACGGUGGACCUGGCCAGUCUGAACCCCGAGCUCCUGGCCCAGGUGCGUCACAUGGUCAUCGCCCGCCAGGACCUGCUGCUGCACCUCACUGAGGUCAUCGGGAGAGGACACUUUGGGUGUGUGUACCACGGCACCCUGCUGGACCCCAGCGGUCUGAAGCUGCACUGCGCCGUCAAGUCCCUCAACAGGAUCACGGACAUCGAGGAGGUGUCCCAGUUCCUGAAGGAGGGCAUCAUCAUGAAGGACUUCAGCCACCCCAACGUGCUGUCCCUGCUGGGCAUCUGCCUGCCCCCAGGGGGUUCCCCGCUGGUGGUGCUGCCCUACAUGAAGCACGGAGACCUGCGCAACUUCAUCAGGGACGAGACGCACAACCCCACGGUGAAGGACCUGAUGGGGUUUGGGCUGCAGGUCGCCAGAGGGAUGCAGUACCUCGCAAGCAAGAAGUUUGUCCACCGCGACCUGGCAGCCAGGAACUGCAUGCUGGAUGAGAGCUACACGGUGAAGGUGGCUGAUUUCGGCCUUGCGCGGGACGUGUACGACAAGGAGUACUACAGCAUCCACAACAAGAACGCCGUCAAGCUCCCGGUCAAGUGGAUGGCCCUGGAGAGCCUGCAGACCCACAAGUUCACCCCAAAGUCUGACGUGUGGUCUUUUGGUGUGUUGCUAUGGGAACUGAUGACCCGGGGAGCCCCGCCAUAUUCUGAUGUCAACUCCUUCGACAUCACCUUGUUCCUGCUGCAGGGUCGCAGACUACUACAGCCCGAGUUCUGCCCCGACGCACUGUACAACGUGAUGACGGAGUGCUGGCACCCCCGGCCCGAGAGGAGGCCCACGUUUCUGGAGCUGGCGUCCCGCCUGUCGGCCAUCUUCUCCAGCUUCAGCGGCGAGCACUACAUCCUGCUCAACACCACCUACGUCAACAUCGACCGCGUGGCGCCCUACCCCUCCCUCGUCUCCCCCCGGAACAGCCUGGACCAGGCCUGCAGCUCCUGAGAGAGGAGGCUCAUGGGAUAGGCCGGGGGGGGGGGCGGGACACAGCGCCGCUCGCUCGCCAUUGGCUGAUCCACGUGACGGACAGACGCUGGGGUUCGGUGACGAGCCAAUGAGGAGAGCGGUGACUGUGACCGCCCCUCCAUGAACUGCUGAUCUGUUCGCACGCAGUGCUCAGACUGACCUUUGACCCCCCCCCCCCACUUUGGCCCAAUGAGCUCUUUGCCCCUGCAGAGAUGGGCUGGAAAAAUGAAGCGUUUCUGUGACGAUCCCUGGCUGUUUGUAAAUAAGUGAAGCUUUGAGCAACGUGGGGAAAGAGCAAGACUGGCUUCUGAUGCUGGCAACGCAAUGGGACCACUCCAAGCAUUCACGUUAUUGUAAUGCUAUUGUAAAUGCGUUAUUAUAUACACUGUACAUAUGGUUGAGAGCAGCAGACAUAUCUGGACUACACAAGGCUUUUAGCGGAGUGCUUCCCUGCUGCAAUAUUCCAGUUAUGUCCAGCUUCAAAUGAGUAUGGCUCUGGUCUGAACUGGUCAACCGGCUGCCAGCGGUUUCAAAACCUAGCUUGAGCUGUUUUCUUUCAGCAGGGUUGUGCUUUUAUAAAUAGUCAUUUUUCUCGAGCCAAGAAUGCACAUUUGAGAUAUUACAGCCUCUUCACCAGUCCCUGGCACGGGCCGCGUAAGCGUGAUUUUCCCUGACGCUCUUUUGAUGUGCUUCUUUAGUGUGCCGUAAUUGCUACACAACUCACGUCUGAGGAAUCUGCAGAUGUUUCACCAUCGCCACGUGCGUCUUUCAUCUUUAAAGCUCUUUGGGCACGCUGCUUGGGCUAGCCCGUCGCGAUCCGAAUAUUUCUGCCUUAAAAAACGUAAACACGAUGCGUUCUUUAUUUUCCCAAAUUAAAAUGAACGGGAAUUUAAAGAGCUUGACGACCAGCGCUUGCGUUAAAUGAACGGAUGGCUUUUUCAUGUUUUGCCAGUGGUGUCAGCGUGUGUCUAUUACAGGUGGAUGAAAACGGGUCAUGACAACAUCUGAUUUUCAGAAUAACAGGAACAGAUUUUUCCACUCCUUUCCCUCCUGUUUUUACUCAAACUGGCUGGUGUUGCUCCAGCAUCAAUAACCGGGCCUGUUAUUCUGACAGCCCGUGUGUAUGUUUGUUAUUCUUUUCUGCUUUUGAAGAUGAUCAUUAUAAAUACUGGUACAUGUUGAGAUAUUAAAUAUGACUUGAUAUAA